CAUAGCCUUACUGGAAAGAUGUUACAUAGUAUGCUUUCCAGCACAGCACGCUCUAUGACGACAUAUGACGACUAUGGCAAUGAGGCCCUGUACGACCUCAGACUCCCGACGGGGUACGAGCGCUCUCCCUUUCGGCCUUGCAUUCUUAGGCUUGGUUUCUCCAACUGCCUAUAUGCAGCUGUUCUAGUAUUACUGGUGCCUAUGACAUUGCGCCUGAAGCCAGAGCCUAUCAUCCUUUUGUUUCCUUGAUGUUUCUUCGCGGUACCAACCUAGUGUUCUUGAGAAUCAAUGGAGUUCCUAACGUCUCAGAGAGCACCCUUUUCUCAAAGUGCUUUCCUCCCUUGACGCCUGCUCAGGACGCAGUAAAUAGCACGGUUGCUGAGGCUCGUCAGCGCUUUGGUCAGGGGCUCAAGCCUACAGGCGUGGGCUGUAUCCCUACCCAUUCCCCCUCCUUCUCCACUAUCCCCCACCCCCUCUAUCCGCCUCCUCCAGACCACGUCUGCCCCUCUCUAAGAGAAGAGGGAAGAGGGGAAGAGGGGGCAGAGGAGGAAAAGCAGGAGCUGCAGUGGCUUAAGGAGCAAUUCCAGCAGGAAAAGUAGAAGGCGGGACUUCGGUUCGCGGACUUGGCAAAGCCAAGACUUGAAAACCUCGCCACUCAGGUGCUUCUAGCUGCACUGUUCGGCUUUAAGGAAAAAUCAAGGUCCACGCGCUUUUGGAGGCUCGGACCUUCCAACCGCAACAUCCAGGACAUCGCUGCAGCACUCAACGUGCAGCCGGCUGAGUUCAUUAAGCUGUCGGGCGCCCUGAUUACGAGGAGGAACAGCCAAGUCCAUUUCGCCAGCGUCAAGGAGCUCGACGCAGAGGUGAAGUCCUUUUCUAUCCACAUGACGCCGGAGCUCAGGUGCAUUGCGGGGUGGGAAUGGCACAUUAUCGAGAACUACUCCAAGAUGAAGGAGGUGUUCUCCACCCACCUGGCGCUCUGAGGUCAUGGAACUGGGAGGCGGCUUCAUCCUGCAGGUCAUGGAGCUGGGAGGCGGCUUCAUCCUGCAGGUCAUGGAGCUGAGGAGGCGGCGACUGG